UUAACGGUCAGCCCAGCAAGUGACAACAUAUUGUUGUAUUUUUGCUGAAUAUAGUGUGACCUUUCACAACCUCAAAUAUCACACUACAUGAGUAUUGUUUAGAAUUAGGCAGCUUUGUCGGCAAGUUGGGCUUGAGAGACCCCACAGAUAUAGAAAAAAACAGAAGUGAGAGUCCUUAAAAGCACCCAUAAAUGAUAAACCUUUGUGAUAAGCACCAGCACUAGCAACUCCACCACCAACAACACACACCAUUAUCACAAGCUAUAUAGAAAGGUGGCCUUCUAACCCUUUUCUUCACUUCCAAGUUCAGGUACCUUCACCGGAUUCCGGCAAACGAUCUCUGUCAACAGGAAAGAUGUGGCGCAUGCUGGUUGUGAUGAGGCGGAACCUCCAGAACAUGAGGAAGAGUCCACGAGUGGCAGAUGAGAACAUGUUUGAAGGUGGCAAUGGAGCUGAAGUGCCAAUCAUGGCACAUGACGGAGAUGGAAGACGGCCAGGUCGGAACGGGUUGUCAGUUGUCUACAGCGUCGUACGAGCUCCGCUCUCGCUUCUUUCCUGCUUUGCUCAUCCUCAUAUCAAUAGUGCUGAUGGAGCCUGGGCGACUGCUGAACUGGCUCGGAUAUCAGAUUUGAAUCAUCUUAUGGUUAACGACAGCAUGCGCUACGCCAUCCUCAUGUAGAACUGGGUAUCAUGGUGCAUUAAAGAUCGCAAGAAGACAGAUGGGGAACGAGAUGUGAUUUGCACACAUGAGUUGAAUGUGUUUCAGCAUUACUUUUGGAGAAGAGGAAAAGAGAAAUAUAAUUAGAAAUUUUUGUAAAUUAGGUCUACAUAAUUAUGUUUCUUGUUAUUUUUGGUAAUUUUUGGAAGAUAUUUUAGGAUUUCUUAGGGUUUGCUUAAUAAAUUGCCUAUAUAAAGGCCAUAUGCCAAAAAGAAAAUUUAGUUUUGAUUGUUGAAA